GCCACAUACAUGAGACGUAGGACUUGAAUAUCAGCACAUUUGGAAGAGGACUUCACUUGUGACGUUGGUCUCCUCUUGACAAUAAGAAGGGGGCUCUUCCCGUGGAUUCCACUCAUUUUGACCCUCUGACCAUUCCUACCACCAAAGCUCCCAGCCUUCUGCAUCCUACAAAUCACUUUUCGUCAUCUUAGAUAUGUCAUCCUUCCAAAAGGUCCAAUCAGACAUUCAUGCUAGUCAAAGUCAGCUGCCGCAUCCUAUCCAUGCCAUUGCCAAGCACAUCCCGAGGCUCUCGGAGCUUUCUUGGUUUGGGUGCAAUGAUGAACUCUCGGAACCAAGUAUAUCUGCAGAGUGCAUAACUGAUAUUCUUGCCAACAAUUUCAAUCAAAUGCAUCAGCAAAUCGAAGACUUGCAAGGCACGAUAAACGAUCUUUUAGACGAAAACAAGGACCUAAAGGUUCAGAUGUCGACAAAGAUUGAAGAAUCAAUAUCCCUGCUACAGAAAAUCUGCAAAAUGAAUAUUGAUAUACAAACAAGUCUCAACGAAAAAAGGGCAAUGGCAGAUGAAGUUGACAAGCUGCGAGCGCAGAUUGCCGGGCGUCCGCUAGGAAUGCUUGAAACAACACAAAGAGGCAUCAUCAUCAGCAAACUACUAUCUAGAUCACAGUCUAUCUACGAGAGUUACAACGCAAUCCAAGAGGAGGGAUUACUUAAUUCCAAAAUUGAGAAUGCGGCGUCUGAUGUAAAGAGCCCUUUGGACAGUAUCCUCAGUGCUGAUGAGGCUCGAAGGCUGUUUCAUUCCUUUCAAGAUUGGUUUGACGAGCAAGAUCUGGAUUCAAUAUCAUUGCGCCGUUGCUCAGUUUGUCACAAGAUGAGGUUCGAACAAGCCACGCCCAAUAUUUCAUACCCUUUAGUCGACGAAUUUUCCACAAGUCUCCGACGGCCUAUCACCUGCAGGACUUCUGUCUGCUUGGUCUGCUAUCUUGAAUCUGUUCUCAAGUCUAUACAGGGACUACCUGAAACUUGGUGGGAAAUGUCGGGGUCAACAGUUCUGAUACCAUGUCCGUGCGGUGCCUGUUCGGCUGAUAUCACUUUCCAGGAUCGUGGGACUUUACAGAGGCUACUUAGACUCACGAAAGUCCAGGAUGCAGACAAAAAACUGAGAAUAUAUGAUACAGCACAGCAUCUUGUGUCAGUACUCGACAGCCUUGAUCCGCAGCCAACUUUAGAAGCACGUCAAGUAGCCAAGCGCCUACAUCAACACCUUACUUCGAAUGGUAUUAUGAAACCACUGCUUGAUCUUGCGAUCUCAGAACUACAUACUCUGGAAGAGGGUGUACCACACGACGUGAACUCCAGCCUCGUUCAGCUCCUCGAGCUGGAUGGCACUUACGAGGUAUUGCGUGUUCCCAUCUUCACACAGCUUCUGCAACGAGCACAGUCUCCGGUUGAAUGUUCUAUAUGCACUGAACCUGUCUAUGAUUUAGUUGGCGAAGCCUUGAACAAGUGGGAUACUAUUUGCAGUGAUUACGAUGGGGACUGGAAGUGGAAGGUUCUUCCUUUCCCUCGCAAGCUUGAACAGAGGUGCUCUCAUACUGUUGACUUCUGCACGGAGUGCUUAGAGAACUACAUUGAAGCCCAGCUUGAUCAACAUGGAAGAGCUGGAUGCCAUCUACUUACUUGCCCUUCUUCCGAUUGCGGUCGGCGACUUGAAUACGACGAAGUGAAACUAUAUGCGCGACAAGAGACAUUUUCGAAAUACGAUAAAUACUUGACACUAGAGGCUUUGAGCAAUUUGCCUUCUUUUCGAUGGUGUCUUGCCGAAAAUUGUUCCUAUGGUCAGAUACAUGACCUAAUCGAGAGUAACCACGUCUCAUGCGAGGAAUGUGGCUACGAGAUGUGCUUUGAGCACCAAAUUAAAUGGCAUGAUGAUCUGACCUGCGGAGAGUUUGAUAGCAUGGAGAAGAAUGGAGACCCUCGGUUCCGUGAAACUCGAGACUGGGUAAAUGCCAACACCAAGCAGUGCCCUUCAUGCGGAGUCAAUACACAGAAAGGCCCAGGUUGCUUUCACAUGACUUGUACGCUAUGCCGCCACGAGUUCUGCUGGGAAUGUCUUGCGAGCUGGAGCGAUAUCAUGCCGAGACCGGGACAGUACAAUCAAUCAGCUCAUCGAGAUGGCUGUUACUUCAGGUCCAGUAAUCGACAACCUACACAGGUUACUGGGGAGCAUAUACCUAUUAGGUAAUGGGACAGGUAUAUAUCAAGUCUGGAACACUGAGACUUAGGUACACUCAUUUCUCAGAGGUGAAAAGCUCAUCAUGCUUUAUACUAUGUUAAGGUCUGUUGAAUAUUUGCGUAUACCUAGGACUAGAUCGCUAUUAUCAGACAAUCUCAGUCCAGGCAUGACUGUAAUCACUAUUAGUCCACAGCCUCCAUUUAUCGGCAAUCAGGAAAACCCUGGAUCCACAGGGACGAGAUUGCGUUAGAUCUGAGGUUUAUGUGUAUUUUUUAAUAUUUAGAUCCUAUAUCGCC